UGACAUGGUGCUUAUGCCGUUUUCUCACAUUCCCUUUAAUAUGUAGAAACGUGGCUUGUCGGAAUCCUUCUUGUUGCUGAGCCCGUCACGAGGGGGUGAUUUCUCAUUGAGGGUGUGUGAUUUACGCGUGCGCCCCUCUUCUCCUCCCCUUCUACUCGCGGCGUGGAGGUGCAGGACCACUAGCUGUGUGGUUGCGGCACUGGAUGGAUCUAACUAGCAUGUUGUAUGUUGCGGGGAAAGCCACGGGCAGCGUGAACGGAGGCUAAACAGGAAUUGGUCAUUUUUAUUCUUGCUGGUUUUGGCCAUCAACCAGCUUGACCGUGGCAUGAUGUCAAACUUAAACAAAAGCAAAAAGGACAAAGAAAUCCUUGCGGAAUACGAGAGCCAAGUGAAAGAUGUGCGGACCCAGUUGGUGGAGCAGCAGCGCUGUCUGGAGCAGCAGACAGAGAUGCGGGUCCAGCUGCUUCAAGAUCUGCAAGACUUCUUUAGAAAGAAAUCUGAGAUUGAAACAGAGUACUCCAGAAACCUCGAGAAACUUGCGGAGAGGUUUAUGGCCAAAACACGCAGCACGAAAGAUCAUCAACAAUACAAAAAAGAUCAGAACCUUCUCUCUCCAGUUAACUGUUGGUACCUGCUGCUAAACCAGGUGAGGAGAGAAAGCAAGGACCAUGCAACUUUGAGUGACCUCUACCUGAAUAAUGUCAUCUCCCGCCUUACACACAUUAGUGAAGACUCCGCACGGCUGCUUAAGAGGAGUAAGGAAAUACUUUUCCAGCUUCAGGAAGAUCUUAUGAAGCUUCUGAAUGAACUUUAUACAGUAAUGAAAACAUAUCAUAUGUAUCAUGCGGAGACAAUAAAUGCUGAAACCAAGUUGCGAGAGGCGGAGCGUCAGGAGGGUCGCGUGAAGGGUGUGUCUGUCACUACUGGAAACGUGGAGCCUGUCUUUGGCUUACGAAUAGAAGAGCGACAUCAAAGACGUAAUGCUGCUCGUAAGAUGGAAAAGAUGAGAGAAAAGAGGAAGGCAAAGUAUUCUGAAAAUAAAUUAAAAGCUCUUAAAGCUAGAAAUGAGUAUCUACUCACUCUAGAAGCCACUAAUGCCUCUGUGUUCAAAUACUACAUACAUGAUCUGCCUGAUAUCAUAGACUGCUGUGACCUAGGGUACCACUCCAGUCUGAGCCGUGCUCUAAGGACCUACCUAUCAGCUGAACUUAGCCUUGAAGCCUCCAGGAGAGCUGGUCUGGAGGUGCUGGAGGGGGCUGUCGAGGGGUUAGACCCUGCCCGCGAUCGUCAGCGCCUGCUGGGCCUGUACCCCACUGCCUUCUGCCCCCCACAGCGCUUCAGUUUCCAGGCUCAUAUGGGGGACGCAGUGACUCAGAUUGCCUCACAGCCACAAGUUCAGUCUGAGCUCACCCUUCGCCUCACACAGCUUCAGACACGUUUGGCAUCGCUAAAAAUUGAAAAUGAGGAGGUUAAGAAGACAUGGGGUGCUACUCUGACGACAUUACAAGACAUGACAGUGCUAGAUGACUAUGAUGUGUCUCAGAGCUUCACCCACAGCCCCUCCUCUGAAUCUGUCAAGUCCAGUGUCUCUGACGGAUACUUGAACAAACCCAGUCUGGCCAAAAGGCGAGCCAACCAGCACGAGACUGAGCUGUUUUAUUUCAAUAAAUUUCGGGAAUACUUGGAAGGAAGUAAUCUUAUUUCUAAACUUCAGGCCAAACAUGACAUACUGAAGAAAGCCUUAGCAGAAGGAUAUAAAGCGGAACUAUUAACUACCAGCCGUGGGCGAAAAAACUCCCAUAGCAAGCACCAGGAUUCAACCAAAGCCAUACCUUUGCUAGUGGAGAGUUGUAUUCGCUACAUUAAUUUACACGGUCUUCAGCAUCAGGGUAUUUUCCGGGUGUCAGGAUCACAAGUGGAGGUCAAUGACAUCAAGAACUCUUUUGAGAGAGGUAAUGAUCCACUGAUUGACGAAGAGAGCAACCACGACAUCAAUUCAGUGGCUGGUGUAAAACUCUACUUCAGGGGUCUAGACAAUCCAUUGUUCCCCAAGGACCGGUUCAACGACCUCAUUUCCUGUGUCCGUAUGGAGAACCUAUAUGAAAGAGCCCAAUGCAUCCGUAAAAUCCUGAUGGGUGUCCAAAGGCCAACAUUGGUGGUGAUGCGCUACCUCUUUGCCUUCCUCAACCACCUUUCCCAAUACAGUGAUGAGAACAUGAUGGAUGCAGGGAAUCUGGCCAUUGUGUUUGGACCCACUCUCUUGCCCACACCAGAUGCACUGGACCAGGUGGCGUGUCAGGCGCAUGUGAAUGAGGUCAUCAAAACGGUCAUUCUGCACCAUGACAACAUUUUCCCCGACACCAAGGAGCUGCUGGGUCCAGUCUAUGAGAAGUGUAUGACUGGAGAUCAGUACUGCGAGAGCCCCUUCAGCGAGCCUGGCGCUCUGGAGGAAACUGAGCCCGAUGCUGGAACAGAGACACAAACGAGUGAUGAGGAGGGUGAAAGUGUGGAGGCAGUUGCCAGGUUUGACUAUGUGGGUCGCUCGGGUCGGGAGCUUUCAUUCAAAAAGGGAGCAUCGCUUCAGCUUUUCCAGCGAGCAUCACAUGAUUGGUGGGAGGGGCGUCACAACGGCAACCAUGGCUUGGUGCCACAUCAGUACAUAAUGGUGAAAGACAGGGGUGAUUCUAUGUCAGAUACUCUUAGUCAGAAAGCAGACAGUGACGGCGGGAGUAGCAGCACAGAGGACAAGAGAUCCAGAAGUGAAGUGAGCUCACCCACAGACAUAAGGCCUCCAGAGACCUAUAACAGCCAUCGGAGGAAGCGCACAGAGGGUUUAUUUCGGCGCCCUCUGGGCCGUUCUAAUGACAACUACCACCAUGGCAAUGGAGGAGUGAUGGAGCGCAGCUCUCCACCAGUAACAGGGCACUUCAGCCCCAGAGAUCUGCUACUGGGAAGAGGGCAGGGCCUAACUCCGCCCCUUGAUAGCCCUGAGCACCGACGCCGCUCAGCAGCAGCGGUUACAAUGACAGUAAGCCGGCACGAUUCACUGAGGAGGCCUGAGGACACACCCAUCCGCCGCUCAACCAGUGGACAGCAUAGCUUCAGUGACUCUCAUCGCACCAGGACACUGGACCAUGACACCUUGGCACAGGACAUUGAGGACACAGUUAGCGUGGCUCUGGGAGAGCUGAGGCAGCUGGACCGCCAGAGCUGCAGACCUGCUCCUGAUGUUGUCCUGGACACGCUGGAGCAAGUGAAGAAUGGGCCACUCACUGCCUGCUCAUCAGAGUCACCCAGCCCCCACAGCACCCCCAGCACCCCAGGGACCCCUGGAACACCAGGCACCCCUGGCACUCCAGGAACACCCGGAACCCCAAGCCCACUCAGUCCAAUGAGCCCCAUGAGUCCACUUCCUGGGCCUCCACCUGGACCUCCCAGAGCCACCAAUCCAUCCCCUGAUGCUCUGAGCACAUUCAAGCCAGUGGCAGCUGCCCGCAUGGGGGUCCCUCUGAGACCUCCUGCUGUGAGGCCCAAACCUGUGGUUCCACCUAAAAGCAGCACACCACCUCUGCCCCCACCAGUUGACAAGUCCUGCACCAUGUGAGCCAAACAAGGCCAUUGAAUAGGCCAAAAUCAGGCCAACCCGGGCCAAAACAGGGCCAGAAGAGGAGAUCAGGGUACUGUGAAAUGUUAAUAAUCCACAUAAUGAGGGUAUAAAAGGAAAGACUUCAAGGGUUCUACUGUAGUUCGAAAAUAUAAUAUUUGACAUGAUCUAUGAUAUGUAUGAUAUGAUAUGCCAUGAUAUUUCUGUGUCGUCAGGUAGGUGUAUACUCUCUUGGUGUGUAGGAGUUUUCUUUCUCCAUGUUUUGAAAUUUUAAGGGUUAGAUAAAACAACUGAUGAAGAGAUACAGGAGUGAGCAUAGACUAAAACAUUAUCAUUUAAUGAGAAAAUGGAGAGAUGGAGUGUAUUUUACUCAAGUGACAUGUAGUUUCAGUGAUGUAAAUGUGGACUGUGCUGUCAUGAUGAAAAACCUUAACUGGCUCAAAAGUCUGCUUUGAGAAUUAUGAAAGAUCUCUUUAGCCUUAGGUUGGCUCCAUUUUUAGGUUAACUGCUGCAAAUGUUUUAAGUGUGGUUAAAUCCACAAAAUACACAGUAUAAAUAAUAAUAAAACAAAUACUGUAUGUAAUAUAGUAUUUAAAUUUAUUGGUUGAUUUAUGUCUUUUCAACUUUGUUCAGCUGCUAAGUUCACUUUCACCUCAAAACCAUAAAAUGCCUCUUGAGGUUGUCAGUGACUGAAGACACAUUAUUUAACUAAUGUUCAGCUAC